CUCAACUCGUCGGCCACCUUCAGCGGAGACAGUGUUUGGAAGAAGUGGUCUAUUGAUAAAGACAAGCUGGACAUUUGGGUCGAGAAUCUUCGAAAGUGGAUCAGCCAGACCAUUGUGAAACGAGUGGACUCUGAGAUAGACUCCAUCAACACCACGCUCCAGAGGCUGGGAUCUUCAGAUUUGCGUAUUGGUGAGGCCAACCCAUCGACAUUGCAGCAGGUGGCUCUCAGCAAAGGGCAGCACGUGCCCACACUGGCCUCUUUGCUGCCAUAUUUGGACCUGAACAGCAACCAUGAAUACCUGGUGCAGCGUAUCAAAGAGCUGGCUCGGGGUGGCUGCAUGAGUGACUUCCGGUGGAACAGUGGCAGCCAGAACUACAGGGGCAAGCCAUGGAGUGACUCAUUGCCCACCGACUCAGCUAUAGUUCUGCAUCUGCUGUGCACGUACCUGAACUCCAGGCUGCCUCCCGAUCCACGCUUUCCAGAUGGGAAAACUUUCACCUCGCAGUUCUUCCACAAGGCACCAAACAAGCCUUCUGCGGACAAGGAUGCCUUAUGCAUAUAUCAGACCAGUGUGCUACCACCACACUACCGUGUCAUCGUAGGUGAGGACACCUGCGACCUUCCAAAGGGUCGAAACAAUCUCUUCUAUGCCAUCCUCCUGUUCCUGCACUGCAUCAAGACUAAACAUGGAGGCAUGCUAGGGCGGAUCAACCUCGGUCUUUCGGGAGUGAACGUCCUGUGUGUCUUGGAUGGAUAGCGUUGGUCGACUAGACGUUUCACAGUUACUUGGAGUCGAGUGGGCCUCACCUGAAGGAAUCAGUCCAGUGGGACACUGCCAGGCAUUGCCAUCAAG